AUGACCAAGGAAAUUAUAGAUUUUCUCCAAUUACAUGGUGAAUCUCUAUACCAAUCUUGGGAACGCUUCAAAGAGCUUCAAAGAAAUUGUCCGCAUCAUCAUCUAGGUAGAGAACACCUUAUCUCUAUCUACUACAAUGGUACCAAUGAGCGUACACGGGCAACUAUCGAUGCGGCAUUGGGAGAAUCACUUAUGAAGAAAACUUAUGAUGAGGCCAACAAUUUGCUAGAGGAACUCGCUACAAAUAGUUGUUCUAGGUCAACCGAGCGGUUGAGGCAACCACCUCAAAAGGGUAUAAUGACCCUCGAACAAACCCAAGAAUUUGAAGCAAUGAAAGCUAAAAAUGCGACACUUCUAGCACAGCUCGAGAUGUACAAACAACAAGCUAAUCAAAUCAAUUAUGUCAAUGGGCAAAGGCAAGGCAAUGACCCAUAUUCCAACACCUACAAUCCAGGGUGGAGGAAUCAUCCUGACUUUGCAUGGAGGGACAAUUUGGGUCAAGCCAAUGCCAACCCAAACAUAGGAGGGGCAAAUUUUCAAGGAGGAAACCGUCGUCCUCUAAACCAAGGCAACUUCAACAACUAUCGGCCACAAUAUCCUCCCGGUUUUCAACAAACUUGGAAUGCGGAUGAAGGGAGCAAACUUGAUAAGCUUAUUGAGGAAACUCAAAUUUCUCAACUUGCCAUCUCGCUUCAAAAUAGAGCUCAACGUGGUCUACCAUCUACAACGGAGUCAAAUCCAAGGGAGCAAGUAAAAGCUAUUGAACUUCGAAACGGGAAAGAACUUGAUGAUCAACAUGCAAGUAAAGAGAAAGCGAUUGAUCUAACAACGGGCUCGAAUGAGGAGGAAGAAACCGAACUUCCAUAUGUCAAGCCGCCACCGCCACCUCCUCCUCAAUUCGUGCCAAAAGUCCCCUUUCCGGGACGAUUAAAGAAGACGCCGGACAACCAAAAAUUCCAUAAAUUUCUGGAAAUUUUCAAGAAACUCCAAAUCAACAUAAGCUUUGCGGAUGCUUUGCGGGCAAGUAUCAAUCUAAUGCCUUUAUUUCUUUUCAGGGAUAUUUCUGGUGAUCAAACUUUGAAGCAAACAUCGAUGAUGCUUCAUUGGCAGACCAUUCACUCAAAAAGCCAUACGGAGUGGUGGAAGAUGUUCUAG